AUGAAGGUCUCUCACCUUCUCGUGCUCCUGGCGAGCACUGCCUUUGCCGACAACGCGCAGUCGAGCAACGCAGUCGUUCCUGCGUCGAGCUUGGCUACAACACAGCCUUCUGACAAUGGUGUUACCACUACGAUUGUGGAUGAAGUGAGCACCAAGACUCGCACGUAUACUACCACAACUUGCCCACUUGGCACAAGCACAUUCGUUUCUGGUUCCGACGUUAUCACUGCGACAUACACUGGAACUAGCACCGUUGUUGUAACAGACGUGGUGACAUGUACCAAAGAGGUCUGCAAGCCUCACACCCCUACACCGACUACUGUCUGGACGGAGGUCAUCUCUACUGUAACCAGUACAUACAUGACAACUACUUGCCCUCUCGGCACCACUACAUACACUUCUGGCUCCAACACUGUUACUGCCACAACUACUGGAACAAGCACCAUAGUGGUAACGGACACCUAUACUUGCCACAAAUCGAGUUGCAAGCGUCACACUCCCACACCAUCACUCACCACUAGCAUCCCCUCAAGUGUUGGUCCCGUUACUGCAACUACCUCGGAAUCUUCUUCCUACAGCUCGGUUCCAGGUGUUUCAGAGUCUCAGAGCACCCCGGCCGGAGUUCCAACCCACAGCUCUGUGCCUCUUGUUUCCGAAUCUCAUAGUUCGGUUUGGUCUAAGCCUGCUGUCCCAACCACGUCCCAACCCCAGAGCUCGGUCCCCGUGGUUCCCACCUCUCAAACCGGCCCAGUGGGAGUUUCUACUCACAGCUCGGUGCCUGUUAUCUCUAAGCCUCACAGCUCCGUCCCCGCUGUUUCCAAGCCUCACACCACCACCUCGUGCAGUUCAAGCUCCAAGACUGUUGUUCCUGUUGCUUCUGAGUCUCACAGCUCUUCUCCUGGUGUGACUAAGCCUCACAGUUCCAGCUGGUCUAAACCCGGUGUCCCUGGUACCAGUUCUGUUCCCGUUGUUUCCAAGCCUCACAGCUCUGUAUCCGCUGUUUCGAAGCCUCACACCACUACCUCGUGCAAGUCAAGCUCCAAGACUGUCGUUCCUGUCGCUUCUCACUCUCAAAGCUCUGUGUCUGGUGUCUCCCCCAAACCCCACAGUUCCAUUCCUAUCGUUUCCAAGCCCCACAGUUCUGUUCCCGGUAUUUCCAAGUCUCACAGCACUACCUCGUGCAGUUCAAGCUCUAAGAGCGUUGUACCUAUUGCUUCUCAGAGCUCUGUUCCUGGUGUUUCCAAGCCCAUCUCGGUUUCUACCUCCGUUCGCCCUAGCGUUACCCCAUCUCAGCCCGCUUCCGAGUCUAUCACCACCAAGACUUCGACCUACACCACAACUACUUGUCCAGUUGGAACUUCUACUUUCACCUCGGGCAGCAGCACAAUCACCUCUGUGUGGACCGGAACUAGCACUGUGGUAGUUACAGCAACAGUAACUUGCACUAAAGAUGUUUGCCACCCGCACACUCCAUCUGCAACGAGUGUUCCGGCUAGCAGUGUUCCUAUUGUAACUGGCACUGUGACAACUACUCCUAGUUCAGUUGGAGCUGUUGGAACUACAUCCGUACCGGCUUCUGAGUCUGUCACCACCAAGACUACAACUUACACCACGACAACCUGCCCUGUUGGAACUUCCACUUUCACCUCGGGCAGCAGCACAAUCACCUCUGUAUGGACCGGAACCAGCACUGUGGUAGUUACAGCAACAGUAACUUGCACCAAAGAAGUCUGCCAGCCACACACUCCUACAGCGACUACGCUCUCAAGCGGAACCACCAUCCCUGUUGUAACUCCAGUUCCUAGCUCAGUUGGAGCCACCGCUACUUCUUCCGAGUCAGCUUCCGAGUCUGUUACCACCAAGACCUUGACCUACACAACCACUACAUGCCCAGUUGGAACUUCCACCUACACAUCUGGCAGCAGCACUAUUACCUCAGCGUACACUGGUACUAGCACUAUCGUCGUUACAGCCACAGUCACUUGCACCAAGGAUGUCUGCCAGCCUCACACUGCCACCUCCACUGUUCUGCCUAGUGUAACUACCACCGCUGUCGUUACUGGUCCUGCGUCUUCAGUUCCUAGCUCAGUUGGUGCUACGGAGACUACAUCUGUACCAGCCUCCGUUCCAAGCUCAGUUGCCUCCGUUCCAAGCUCAGUUGGUGCUACGGAGACUACAUCUGUACCGGCUUCCGUUCCAAGCUCAGUUGGCGCUACGGAGACUACAUCUGUGCCGACUUCGGAGUCCGUCACCACUAAGACUGUUACCUACACUACAACUACCUGCCCAGUGGGAACUUCUACGUACACAUCUGGAAGCAGCACUAUUACCUCAGCGUAUACUGGAACUAGCACUAUCGUAGUCACAGCCACAGUCACUUGCACCAAGGAAGUGUGCCAGCCUCACACUGCCACCUCAACUGUCCCUGCUGCAACCACUGCCCCUGCUUCUACUAUUACGGUUGUCCCAGUUCCCGCGACAUCGGCUGAAGCCACUGAGACUUCAUCUGAAUCGGUGGUCACAAGAACCCAGACCUACACCACGACCACCUGCCCAGUUCACACUACCACGUUCACUUCUGGUAGCAGCACUAUUACUCAGCCUGUCACCGAGACCAGCAGCAUUGUGGUAACCGAGACCGUCACCUGCACCAAGGAAGUUUGCCAACCACAAACCUCCUCGGCUGCGCCUACAGUUGUUCCCACGCCAGUUCUUGUCACUCUCACGUACACGACAACAACUUGCCCUGUGACCUACAGCACCUCCACCAGUGGCAGCUCAACUAUUACUUUCCCGGUGACAGGUACUAGCACUAUUACCGUGACUGCCGUUUCAACCUCCACCCCCGCUUCCGCUCCCGCUGAGCCAACUGGUACUGCUACCGCUACUGUUGUCCCUACUGGUGAGACUACCACUGUUGUCCCAGUCCCAGCGGGCACAAGCCCUGUUAGCGAGGUCUCUUCUGGUGCUCCUGCUCCUGUCCCAAGCUCUGUCUCGCCUGUUGAAACUAGCUCCGUGGUUCCUCCCUACCCACAGGGAACGACUUCCACUGGCCCUGCUCCAGUCGGUCCAACUGUGCCUGCCUCGAGCGGCUUCUCCUCCACAUCUAAGCCCGGCUCAACUACUACUUCCGCAGUCAGCCCUGAGUAUACUGGCGGUGCCUCGGUUGCCAAGGUUGGCACAGCCGGUGCUUUUGCUGGUGCUCUCGCUGUUUUGGCCCUUAUCUAG